AUGACCACAAACAUCGCCGAGUCGCUCAACUCAAUGUUGCUCGAUGAAAGAGAGUAUCCAGUGGCGGACAUCUUCAAUUUAAUUGCACAUGGGUAUGGUAAAAUAUUCAAGAAGAGGUAUGCGAAGGUGAACAAUUCAAGGACACCAUUCGUUCUCGUAGCCGAGAAGAUCUUGAGGGAAAACAUGACCGAGGGCGACGAAUUGUAUGUGAACAACAUAAAUAGAAGCACCAAAGAGUUCACCGUGCUUGGGUUUGGUCCUUCCACCAAAGUCAAUCUAUCGAAAAGGUCAUAUUCUUGCAAGAAGUUUGACUUGGUGAAAUUGCCAUGCGCUCAUGUAAUAGCAAUGUUGCGUUUAAAGCACAGGGAAGCCAGGAAGAUUAUAGCACUAGCAUUUACAACUACUCUGCACUCAUAUAUUCAAAAGAAUCAUACCUCCUUGUAUACUUGA